UGUAAACAGUGACACCUACAAAUCAAAGAAAGGGAAACAAAUAAACCUCAAUGUGACGUUGUCUUCAUGCCUGACUGACAGCAUUGAUGAGGAAUUCAGGAAGACCUUUCCAAAUGAAGCAGAACGUGGACCAUUCAACGGAGUCAUCAAUGAGUUUUCACUCAACACGCAGAGACUCAUUGACAUGAACAAAGAUGUCGAACUGCAACUGAUCUUUGUCAGGACAGAGGAGGACAAAAUUAAGACAAAACUCAACAAAACCAUCCGAGAGCGUAAGAAAACAAUCUACAACGGUCUGGUGGAGAAAAUCGAGGAAACCAUGCAAGAAUGCUAUAAAAAAGCAGCAGAUUUUAGAGGACGGGGUUCACUGCAACAGAUGAGGGACACACUUCAGGUGUACGUACAUGUUUCAAAGAACACCAUGUUUGAGGAGGCUAAAGCUGCUAUGUUGAACCAACUGAAUGAGCUGAAGGAGGAAAUCCUGGACGAGCUGGAGAAAACCCUGACAGAAGCAAUCGAGCUGUCACUCAAGACAGAUGAUUACUCAAUCCCAGAUGUCUCAGAUGAGCUUGAGAAGGUGAAGAAUCACUACUCUGAGUUGAAGAGGCAGCGCAGAAUAACAAGUGUCAGUUACUGAGUAAACCUUAGUUAAAAGGUCUACACAGUGUAUUUAAAGGGCUUUGAAUACUGUAUGAGUGAAUUUGUUCUGGAUAAUGUCACUGCUUUUAAUCACAAUAGCACUGAUCCAAGAGAUGAACGGAAGUUUUAGUUAAACUGAUGAUCUAAACUGAUCGUUCAAUCAGAUGAUAGGAUCUUGUGUUUACUGUGACUGGUUGUCUCCACAUUGAGGUACCGUAAAUUCCAGACUAUUGAGCACACCUGACCAUAAGCUGCACCCACUAAAAUUAAAAAGAAAAAAAAAAUUGUACAUAUAUAGGCCACCCUUGUCUAUAAGCCGCAGGUGUCCACAUUGCAACAUGAGAUAUUUACACAGAAAGAUGUUACACAGAUGUGACGCUGCCCUCUCCAACGUCUC